AUGGAACUUGAAGAACGCCGCCCUGCGGUCACCACCGUCGCCGCCCCGUCUCAUCGCAAGGGGCACAACUCAUCCUCCUCACUGGGCUCCUUGUACGAAGUCUUGGCCGAUCUAGAUGAGAACCAACUACAGUAUCUCAUCCAGGAGAUGAACCACACCGGUCAUCAAAAUGUACCAGUAUCUCAGGCCGUAUCGGCUUUUGAGACCAAGAACCCCUCCGACUCCCUUACCUCCCUGAGAACAAGCAUGAUGCCGCCCGCGCCAGGGGUGGCUGCACCGGGUGUUCAACGGCAGCUUUCCAAGUCGCAACGGGGGAAGCUUCGCUUGCAAACAGCAUUCCAAAGGACGCCCUCUCUACGGCAAAGGACCCUCCAGGAAAGCCAUGACGCGCAGCACCAGAAGCAGCACGGCACACCACCGACCGAGGCGCCGGAGCCGGAGCCGAAGCCCGCCCAGGCCGGCAAACCCGCGUCUUCUGAUUUCGCCUCGUUUGAUUUCGGAUUUAGCGGUGGAUCACCAAAACCACCGGCUCAGCCGGAAAGGCCAAAGGUUCCCGUCGACGACAAUCUCCCUAGUCAACCGCCGGUCAUCUCCCCGUUUGACUUUGGGUUUGACGGCGACUUCGGGCUCGUCGGCGCGAAACCCAAUGUUGUGAGCGAAGACCGCCAAACAGCCGAAUCGGAGGUUCAGCAGCAAAGACGAAAACAAAGUAUUGAGAAGACCGUCACACCCCAGCAGCCGCCGGUCGGCAGAAAUAGGACGAAAUCCGUCGCCUACAAACGCAUUCCCCGACCAGACUUCAGCCUCCCAGCCGGCGUCACGGUCACAGAUCUCCUUCAGCUCCUUGAGAUUGAGUACCUGUCCUCGACCGCAGAAGAGCAGCAGCAGCAGCAGCAGCCGCCCUCGAGGAACUCCAGCCCCUCAUCUUCUCCCAUGUCCGCCCACCUCUCUCCAGAUUCUCUCCCGCUGCCGCGAGUUUCGGCUACUAGGCCUCUGACCCAAACACCCACCUGGCCCGGGUCUCGGCCUCUGCGACGGCAUUCCUCCAGGCUGGACAUGAUGCUCGAUGCCGAGCGCAAUGUCUCCGGCGCCGAAGAGAUCGGGCUGGCCAUGCUUGAGCCUCGAACCGUCCGGUCGACCUCGGUGGGGACGAGGUCUGUUUCGUUGGGGACGUCCGCGGCCAGUACUCCGAUCAACUCGUUGGAUUCCUUCUCUUUUGAUGGGCCGUUCAAGGCCGAGACGACGCCGCCGGUGAUGGAGGGCAUUUUUGACGUUUUGGAGAACCAUUAA